GCUUCGGCCGGUAGAGGGCGACAACGUCCGCCCACGCCUGUAGGUCUUUGGAAGAUAGGAGAGCGUGUGCACUGCCCCCGCCCCAACACAACCAAAACAAUGAAAGCUAUCAUUCAGAGGGUCACCAAGGCGACUGUGACAGUGGGAGGAGAAGAGAUCAGUUCAAUAGGACGAGGACUGUGUGUACUGCUGGGAAUAUCAGUGGAGGACACCCAGAAGGAUGCGGACUACCUAGUACGCAAGAUCCUGAACCUGCGGCUGUUUGAAGAUGAGAACGGGCGGGCGUGGAGCAAAAGUGUCAUGGACAGGGACUUUGAGGUGCUGUGUGUGAGCCAGUUCACGCUGCAGUGCAUACUGAAAGCCAACAAGCCAGACUUCCACUCAGCCAUGCCUGCAGAGUUGGCCCAGCCCUUCUACAAUAGCAUCCUGGAGAACAUGAGGAGUACCUACAAGCCAGAGCUGAUUAAGGAUGGGAAGUUUGGCGCCUAUAUGCAGGUCAACAUACAAAAUGACGGGCCUGUUACCAUUGAACUGAUGUCACCUAGUGGCCCCACAGACCCCAAACAGCUGUCCAAGCAGGAGAAGCAGCAGCAGAGGAAAGAGAAGACGCGCUCCAAGGGCCCCUCGGAGUCGAGCAGGGAAAAAGUCGCUUCACGUUCCCGACAGGACCCCAACGCCAGCAGUGGAGCCGACGGUGAUGUGUCAUCAGAGAGGGAGACCUAGGUCAGCAGGAUGUCAAACUGGGGACAUAACGGUGAGCCGAGUUUCCACAGGAAGGCCUUAAUCCUCAGUGACUCUUACAGCUGACCGUGGACUGUGCUCCUUACUUUUGGAAAUCAGCAGGAUUCUCUUGGCCUGUCGCAGAGCAUCAUCCCCCCCUUGCCGGUGUCCUUGGCUUCUCUCCUCCAGAUUUACAGUAGAUCCUCACAAAGGAUUGGCUCGGUGUAAAGUAAAGAAGCAAAGUCUAACCACAACACUGCCCAGUUUUCUUAGAUUGAUGAAGGGAGUUUGAGGGUGCACAGGAAGGAAACAGCCAUCAGCAGCACUAUACUGUUUUUUUUUUUUUCCUACUGCCUAUCUUUUCAUGUUUCUACCUCCAUCUGGCUUUGUUUCUGUCCAUCUUUUCCUUUCAGAUUCUCCCUGCCUGCUAUAUAUAUAUAUAU